GUGGCUAUAAAAAUGUUUGCCUAUCGAGAGCGGAGCGGAGUACCACUGUGUUGAUUUUUUUGAUUCAAUAAGCGUAGGUAGUCAAUGUUCAGCGUUAUGUCUAUAUAAAUAUUUAAUAUGCUGUAAAAUGGAUACUUCGAAAGAUGAAACUUUGGAUCUAUCGAGGCGUGGACUCAAGAAAAUAGAUAAAGCGCCUGCGGAAGAAUCAAAGCCGAUUAUUAGUUUAAUUCUAGAUCAAAACGAACUACAACGUUUAGACAACAUCGAUACUUAUAUUCGCGUGGAAAAUCUUUCAAUAUGCAACAAUUUGUUACUGAGAAUGCAUGGGGUAUCUCGUUUGACGAAUCUCAGGAUUCUCUCGUUGAACAACAAUGGAAUCUUACAAAUCGAGGGCUUGAAAGAUAUGAUCUAUUUAAAAGUCCUUAAAUUGGCUGGUAAUAAUAUAAAGUCAAUAGAGCAUUUAAACCAUAAUAUGCAUUUAGAACAUCUGGAUCUUUCAAACAAUCAAAUAUCCUUUAUAGCUGAUAUUUCUUUUAUGAAACAUUUAAAGCAUUUAAACUUAGAACAGAAUCGUAUAAUGGAUUUACGUCAGUGUGAUAGAUAUCUCCCAACACAGCUAAGUCACUUAGGAUUGGCCCAUAACAACAUUCCUGAUCUGAAUGAAGUCUCCUUCUUAGUACAUUUGACCGAACUCGAUAGCUUUACAAUACAGGGAAAUCCUUGUAUUGCCAUGGCCGGUAAAGAUAAACUAGGUUUCGAUUAUCGACCAUUCGUGCUCAACUGGAUAUUAAGCGUCAAGUCUAUUGAUGGAUUUAUGGUCAGCGCAAUCGAAAGCUUGAAAGCCGAAUGGCUGUACAGCCAAGGCAAAGGCCGGCACUUCCAGACGGGACAGCACCGCGAGUUAUGCGAAUAUUUGUCUUCAACUUGCCCCCUCACCGCUGACGCUCUGGAGACAGAGGAUCAGAGAAAACUUAGGCUCAUAUUGAGCAAGGCCCAGCAUCAUCAACAGCAACUGAAAGAUCAAAAUCACAGCCCCAACAGACCCAAACUGCAGUCGCCUCGAAUGCAAGCCCGCAUGACUCCGCGCCACGUCGGUCGAUCGCCCGAUCGCCUCAGCUCGAGCUACCACGCCGCCGUGUCGCGGACAUCGUCGCCUGCGCCCCACGCCCCGACGCACAAUCUCAUGUCCCUGUCCUGUUCUGAACUUCCCGCGCAAGACCCGUCCAGGGAAAAGCGAGUUCCAGAUCGGCAACUACUACCGCCCGUUCAGCGAAACACCCAAACCAAGCCGCCUGCGGUGGCAAAUCAGCCUCUGGAGGCCGCGUCUAAGAUGGUUCCGGUCCCGGAAUCCCUGAUGAGUCCGGACUACCAAGACCCCAUCUACGACAUCCGUAGGCCUCGGUCAGAAGUGCCCGAGAGCUCGGCGUCGACCGCUUCCUUGCAGUCCAGCAACGGCGGCGCCCACGAGGACAGGAGGAGCCGGAAAGGAUCGCCGCGUCUGUGCAAGAGCGCCUCGUCCUCGCCCAAGUCGAAGACAAAAAUGGAGCAGCGGGUCGGAAGAGCCGAUGCCGCGACAGAAAUUGCGAACGGACCGACGACGGCCGAUAAAUCGGAAGCGAUCAAGUUGGCGUCGAACCAGCGACACCAGAAGAAGGCGAGCGUGGAGAACUCGGCGGCCACCACCAUCCAACGCGUGUGGAGGGGCUACAGGAGCCGCAACCUCAACAGGGACACCGUGAGGAUCCUGCACGCCAUCCAGGCCGCGCGGGCCAGGCAGCACAUCCAGCGGCUCACCUGCGACAUGGAGGCCACGAAGGCGGCACUCGAGAGCGAGCGCAAAAUCCAGCAGCUGCAGAUGCAGGCCAUCAACGCCCUCUGGAAGAAGGUCUCCUCUUUACAGACGCCAGACGUCCAUAAGCCGAAGGUCGAUCUCGAGGAUAACGCGGACGCGUUGAGGCAGCUGACCGAGACCUGCGGCAAUCUGCAAGCUCAGGUGGAAGAGCUCCGAGGCAGCAUCCGGGAAGUGCUCCACUUCGUGUCUUCGCCCCGAGGCUUGUCGCGCGCCUCGCAGACCGACGUCACGGCCCUCGUGGCCUCGCAGGAGGAGCUGACGAAUCGGCUGCGGAGGCCUCGCUCCUUGGCCCUGAACGCCUCCUCGCCGCCGCCCGACACCGACAAAACCGAGGCGGACUCGAUACGUUUAGAGAGAACGGAGUCGAUCAUCGAAGACCGGGAGCCGAGCGGGGACCCGCGGCUCGAAAUGGAGAUCGUCGCCGACUGAAUAGCGUUCGAGUUCAUUUAACCGUCGGCAGCGAAGAGGGCGAAGGGGACUCCUCCCCUCCCCUCGUCGAAGGAAGUCACACGGGACGCGCUUUUUCGCUUAUUUCUUUUCUUCGCACAUUCCCACUAGAGGCCUAGAAGAGAAUUCGAGACUCGCGACUCUUGCGACGAAUUCUCUAUGGCCAAGAAGACAGACAGAAAGAAAGGACUUUUAUACAUUGACUGAUUAAUUUAAGUUUAUAAUUUAAAUAAGAGUCACCUUCACCGCCUCCGUGAAUCGCAGCCUCGCGUCGGGGCCGAAUCUCUACGCUUUAAUUAUUUUUAAUCGUUUAAAUAUUACUGAAAACGAGUUUUCCCGAGCGAACGAGAUCUCUGCGCUCGAGGACCGAUUCGGGAAAACUCGUGUUAAUUUUGUAAGAAUAUAGAAAAAUAUUUCAAGUCGAACGAGUAUUUUUUACGUUAGCGUAUUUGACUAGUCAUUUUAUCUCUCUCGCCCCGUGACGGACGUUCCGUUCAAUCGGCCGUCCUCUCGUCUAUCGCGUGUCCACCGUUUGUUAUCGUUUUGUUGGAGCCUGUAUUUAUUGUUUAUUAAACAUAAUUUGGUAAA